GUGCAGCAGUCCCACGCUAGAGUGUGUUGUCGUCUUCGUCUACAUACACAAAUAUAGAAACGGCAGCCACAACACACAACCCAGAACCCACAACAUGAUGACCGGAUCGAGCUCCCGAGUGUUCAUCAUGCCCGGCGCCGGCCAUGUCCACUACCUCGUCGCGGGAGGCUUCGGAGGAGGCGACGACCCCAGGUACCCCUGGACCUUCAAGUCCCUGCACGAGGUGGACGCCGUCGUCCCUGCCAUCGCCCGUGGGGCACCGGUAGGGCCUGACGGGUGCCCCAUCUGCUUCCGCACAUUCGCCAGUGCCAAGGCCGUCCAUGGCCACAUGCGCAGCCACACGGACCGCAGCUGGCGCGGCAUGGAGCCGCCCCGGGAGACACCCCUGGGCGAGCUCGGGCCGUACGGGCAGCGUUACCCGUACGUGUGCGACCGCUGCAAGAUGCCUUUCCAGACGCGCCAGGCGCUCGGCGGCCACCGCGCCAGCCACAAUGGUAAGAAAGGCUGCUCCUGGCUCGAAAGAGAGGAGCUCGCCGCCGCCGAAGAAGCUCGUAAGCCCGUCCUGUUCGGCGUUGAUCUGAACCUUCCGGCUCCCGAGGCAGAUCAGGAACAGGGGGAUGAGUAGUAGGGGUGAUGAACAGAUCGAUCGAGCAGCUUGCUAGUGUUCUCAGUUGACAGUUGUUCGAGCUGUGCUUGCGUGUGCUAUAUUUGGUGUUUAGCUUCUAGUAUAUAUUUUAUUCUGCCUUCUCUCUUUGACUUUGCGUUUCCAGACUUGUGUGCAAAUAAUAGCUCUCGAUCGAUCGAUCCCCGCUCAAUAGAUAAAUAAAUGAAGACUGCAAUCUGCAAUUAAGCUGGUUUGCUAUAUAUGUG